CGGGACUCUAUAAGAUUUCCCGUCCCACCUCUCUGAAAAAGGAGGAGUUGCCGCGCUGCGUCCUGACGCCGGGAUGACACCACCCCUUUUCCCAGCAUCCUUUCUGUUGCAAGAUGGCGGCGGCGACCUGCUUCCAGUAAAGCCGAUCGAGGAGAAAGUGUAAUCGAGCACUGGAAGAGAACGGCCCCCCGGGAUCAGAAUCGGAGCUAUGGCUGCUGUAGUGGCCAAACGGGAAGGCCCUCAGUUCAUCAGCGAGGCAGCCGUCCGAGGGAAUGCCGCCAUUCUGGAUUAUUGCCGGACGUCGGUCUCCGCCCUUUCGGGAGCGACUGCCGGGAUUCUCGGCUUGACCGGCCUGCACGGAUUCAUCUUCUAUUUCCUAGCCUCCAUCCUCCUCUCCGUCCUGCUGGUGUUAAAAGCCGGGCGGCGGUGGAGUAAGUACUUUAAGUCCCGGCGGCCCCUUUUCACUGGAGGGCUGAUUGGGGGUCUCUUCACAUACAUCCUCUUCUGGACUUUCCUCUACGGCAUGGUGCACGUUUACUAGGGCCUGGGGAGUCUGAGUCGGAACAGUUCUAACGGAGCAGCAAGACUCUUGGCCAAACAAUUGUGUCGUCUCUGAGGCUGUGUAUCUGGGGCCGUUGAUGUGUUGCUUGCACCGUUUAACCCAGUCUGUAACUUAUGUUGGGAAAUGGGCCUGUAAAAUCCUGGUAAUUAAACGCAAUGUGAAGUCC